AUGAACAAGUUGAACCUAAGUUUUGCCAAUAGAAAAAAAGAUGUCCACAUAAUAAAAUGCCAGGAGCUUUCAAGUGUGAGGGAUGUAAGAAAAGUAACAAAGAGUGUUUGCACCAAUGCAACAGCUGUUACAAAAAGAACAAACUUGUCAAAGGGGGCCCUCUUCCUGAAUGUUCGAAUUGUAGAAGAAUCAAGGAAGGACUCAAUGUCCAUUAUUGCACUAGAUCCACUCAUAGAAUCUGAUGUUCUUGAAGAAGAUGGUAAAAUAUAUCUUUCACCUAAUGAUGGUAAUAACAAUAAAUAUGAAAUUAGUGAAG